AUGGCCCAAUAUGCGCUUCAGACUGCUCUGGCGACAGGGUUUUCAGCCACGGAAGGGAUACACAGUCCUCACCCUCGUCCAGUCGAUCCCAAGAAGAGUGAAGAUGCUUACGUACUACCAGCCAACAUCAUACCAGAUACGACCACUCGAUUAACGCUGAGAGGGGCCAAGGGGGACAUUAUGGUCCCCUACAUGUGCAUCGGGGCGUUCCCAUGGGGCGACAAAGCUACCUGGAAAUAUCACGAAGAUAGGGAUCUUCCUCACAUCAAAGAAGCGUGGGAGAAGCUACGUGGGGCUGGGAUGACCUUCGUCGACACGUCACCAGCGUAUGGAGACGGAGAAAGCGAGCGUAUAUGCAAAAUGCUCUUCAAAGGCAUGCCGCGGGAGUCGUUCGUGGUGCAAACCAAGUGGCUGUCGUUGCCGGAUCUAAACGUAUUCGAACAGUCCAAGGGACCGGUGUCCAAACUUAAACAAUCCCUCAAGAACCUUGGCCUUGAUUACGUCGAUGUAUAUCUCGUGCAUGGACCGAUCCAUCUGAGCAUGGUGUCAACUAUCGCAAAGGGUCUCGCAGAUUGCGUUAAACGCGGAUUAGCCAAAGCAGUGGGCGUGGCCAAUUACGACAAGUCGGAGAUGAUCAAGAUGGCCGAUGCACUUGAAAGACAUGGGGUUCCUCUCUCUGUUAAUCAGUGUGAAUACUCCGUCAUCAGGAGACAUCCCGAGUCUCAUGGUCUCAUCCGCGAAUGCCGACAGCGAGGAAUUGUCUUUCAGGGCUUCGCAUCUCUGGCGCAAGGACGCCUCACGGGCAGGUAUUCGGUAGGAAACAAGCCACCACGAAACUACCGCUUCAGCAGCUACCCCAUGCAGAUGCUGGAGCCCACAGUGAACGUGCUGAGGCGGAUUGCCGAGGAAAGACGAAUAGCCAUAUCAGCUGUAGCGUUGAAUUUCUGCAUCAACAAGGGCGUUGUUCCGGUGGUCGGUAUCCGCACCGCUGAGCAGGCAGAACAGAACCUCGAAGCUCUUGGCUGGCGAUUGACACCGGACGAGAUUCGACGUAUUGAGACCGUUAGCAUUGAAGGGAAGACGAGUUUCCUCUUUCAACAUGGUUGA